CGGAGGUACAGGUGCCUUCGCCGUUCCGCCCACCUCCUUCCCACCCGCCUGCCGGCCUCGGCCCCAGGCCUUCACGGCCCCUCUCCCGCCACACACUCGGCCUCCCCUCCGCCCCACCAAAUGCAGGCCGCCGUCGCCCUCCCCGAGGAGAUCCGUUGGCUCCUGGCAGAUGCUGAGGAGUUUCUGGCAGAAGGUUUGAGGAAUGAGAACCUCAGUGCUCUUGCAAGGGACCACAGAGACCAUAUUCUUCGUGGCUUUCAACAAAUCAAAACUAGGUACUAUUGGGAUUUUCAGCCCCAAGGGGGAGACCAAGCUGAAAAUUACCUUGGACAGGACAGCUCCGAUGAUAAUUACAGUGGAACUCAGGGCCCUUCUCUCACGUCAGAUGCACCUUUUUUGUCAGAUUAUCAGGAUGAGGGAAUAGAAGAUAUCACAAGAGGAGCUCAAGAGCUUGAUAACAUCAUCAAGCAAGGAUACUUGGAGAAGAAAAGUAAAGAUCAUAGUUUCUUCGGAUCGGAGUGGCAGAAGAGAUGGUGUGCUGUCAGCAGAGGCCUCUUCUACUACUAUGCUAAUGAGAAAAGCAAGCAGCCCAAAGGGACCUUUCUCAUUAAGGGCUACAGUGUACGGAUGGCCCCCUACCUGCGAAAAGAUUCCAAGAAAGAAUCCUGCUUUGAACUGACCGCCCAGGAUAGGCGCAGCUAUGAGUUUACAGCUACUAAUCCAGCUGAAGCCAGAGACUGGGUGGAUCAAAUAAAUUUCUUAUUAAAAGAUCUGAGCUCUUUAACCAUUCCAUGUGAAGAUGGCGAAGAGGAAGGAGAAGAGGAAGAAAUGUAUGAUGAUAUUGAUGGUCUUGACUCCCAAAAUUCUGGUUCCCAGUGUAGACCCAUUAUCUUGCCUGGGAGUAUGGGGUUAAAACAGCCCACAGAGGAGAAAGAAGAUGAAGAAGAUAUUUAUGAAGUCUUACCAGAUGAAGAUGGUCUAGAAGCAGAUGAGAGCGGCACUCAACAAAGAGGAGUGGACUAUGCCAGUUAUUACCAGGGCCUAUGGGAUUGCCACGGUGACCAGCCAGAUGAACUAUCCUUCCAACGGGGUGACCUCAUCCGCAUUCUGAGCAAGGAAUAUAACAUGUAUGGCUGGUGGGUAGGAGAACUGAACAGCCUCAUUGGGAUUGUUCCAAAGGAGUAUCUCGCCACUGCCUUUGAAGUGGAAGAAAGAUGAAGACCAGGACACAUAUCCUUCUCUCUGUCCUGCCUUUAUGAAGAAACUGAGCAUCGAGACCUCCCACUCCCUACCCCUGCCACCCCACCAACACCACGGACUCUUCUCUUCACUGAAGAGACCCCAGUCUCCGACACCUUGUAGUAACUGAACCACCAAUAAGACAAGUGGGAAGAGGCGUAUCCAGCUGACCUGUUGCUAAACCUGCAUUGCCUUAGCUCACCCCAUCUCUAAACAUGUCCACACAGCCACUUCUGCCCUUUCCACAGGCUUGUCACAGAGAAGGCGAGAGAGAAGGAAACUUUUGGAGGAGGAAGCUGCUGGUUGUUUGGGAUGAUUUGAAAAGCACAAAUAAACUUCAGACUUGGUUCCUUGCCAUG